AUGACCCGCCAAUUCCACCCGUUCCCCAGGCUCCCUACCGAGAUAAGGCUCCAGAUCUGGGAGCUGGUUCUCCGAUCAGAGUCAGACGUGCCAGGUGCUCAUUUCGUCUCCGUCCAGCAUAAUGUUUCUUGCAACGAGAAACGAUUUCCCGACGGGACCGUCACAAGAGGACGCUUCCACCCGCUCGCCGUCGUACCCACCACGUCUUCCGAAGUCGCCCGCUCGCUCAACCUACAGCACGACCCCUCGAGCUGGCGGACGGACGCCGGCCUGUGGGCGGCGAAUCGGGAAUCGCGCGCCGUGAUUCAGACGCAGUCUGCGCGGCGCCUCGCCGCUCAACGGACCAAGCCGCACGCCAUGGCUCCGCUCAUCAGGACCGACCGAGACGGCCGCAACAUUGAAGUCUCUGUCCACUUUCCAGUACGCGACCUCUUCUGCUUCCAGGUACCCGCGCUUUCGAAAAUCGAUGCGGUCAGGACGAUGACGUAUCUCUGCCACCGGGGGUGGUACGACGCGGCGGACAGCCCCGGCUCCGAGGUGAGGCACCAGAUGGCCUUCGAGAUCGACGGCGACUGGCCGUGGACGCGCGGCUCGCGGGCGGACGAGCCCGGCGCCGCCACCUCUUUCGUUCGUGAUCUCUGCCUUGCUCUUCGCGCUGCCUUGAUCCACUUCUUACAAGGCGGGCCGAAUAUCGACGUGUACCUCAUCGACUGCAAGGCGCGCCUCCGUCCCGGCGCGGAGGUGCAGGGCGUUUUCUGCGCCAGCGGUGUCAGGCUUCUCAAGGUCGAUCGGGAUCAGGUGGUGUAUGAGGAGAAUGAUGCGAGGAACUGGUUGUUCUUGGAGAAAAUUGAGGCCUCGAUCGAGAGUUUGCGAAAGAGUGACGUUCCGACCCUGUAUCCGGAGUUAUUGACCAAUGGUAACGACGCGGACGCGGCGCCUGUGUUGCCUAUAAAGCUGCUCAUACCCGAGAGGAUGUAA